UGUGGACUCAGGUUACCAACUUGGAGAUAUUUCUUCAAUGCUUCCCCCUUUACUUCUUUUUUCCGGGGAACCUAAACCAGAAGCUAGUACAACUCAAGAGUAUCACAAAGAGAAGCAAACUAAAAUUCAAUGGUUCCAACUAUGACAGGACAUGACACAAUACCUAAAGAGCCUUUGUCUGAUCUGAGAAGCAUGAGCUUGAAGGGUUUGUGCGGCGACAAUAGCCUGAGCAGCAGCCAUAGCUGCAGCGGAAGGUGCCAUAGGUACCUGGCUAAGAUUACUCAUGCUUGUUGUUGCAGCUAUAGCAGUCAUGAGCAAACUCUGUGGAGGAUGACUCAACUUGCAGUACAUAGUGUUAGCACUGUUAAGCUAGAUGGACUUCCAACCUAAAACCAAUUGGUGCUAAGUGGAGUUGCUCAUCUAUCUUAUAUAUUACUAAGGAUCCCUUCCAACAUCCGAUGUGGGACACUUUGUGUCUAAUACACCCCCUCGAGAUGAUGGCUCUUUGAGCGUCAAUCUCGGAAUGCUCGGGAAAGGAUCGAUGGCCAACUUUGGGCCAGAUCGAUGUGGAUCGGGUUGGACUGCGUGGAUCGGGCUCUGAUACCAUGUUAAGCUAGAUGGGCUUCCAACCUAAAACUAAUUGGUGCUAAGUGGAGUUGCUUAUCUAUCUUAUAUAUUACUAAGGAUCCCUUCCAACAUCCGAUGUGGGACACUUUGUGUCUAAUAAGCACAUCUACCACUAAGGUACUCUCGGCACACUUCCCCAAGCGAAGCUCCAACUCCAGGUAGAAUAACACCACCUGAAGGACCAUGAGAAAUCCCUGGAACCAUCCCCAAGAGCCGCGGGAAAGCACCAGAAACCGAACCAGUGUAGUUCGACAUGUUCGGCAUUGUUUGGUUUACAAGCUUGAGUAUAAAGCUGGAGCAGAGCCAAUCAAUCCAGCAGAAGAAGAAGAAGAGGAGCCUGUUACAGACAUAAAGAGAUAACCUUUAACAUCAAACACCACACGAGAAACAAUAUAAUGAAAACCUUUACCUUGACUAAAGAAGACAAGAAAAGGACUACCCAUAAUGGCAUUCCCCAUUGCAUUCAACACUUACCAUAUAGUUACCCUUUCCACGGGAGAGAGGUUUUACUUUUUUUUCUUUUUUUUUCCAGCUAGGUUUUACUUUUUAUAAUAUUUUAAAUAUUUUACUAUGGUUCUCCUGUUUUUUUUUCUUUCAAGGUUUUUAUUUAUUAAUACUAAAACUUUCUGUGUUUCUUCAGAAAAAAAUAAAAAAUAAAAAACUUUGUUAACAAAAAUAAAAUCGGUGCUUUAUAUAACUUUUAUCAUCCAAUAUAUAAGGAGAUAUAUACAUGACUACUCAACAGCAUCGUUAUAAGAGUAGUCGCGUAUGUAACAAGGAAGAAAUAAGAUUCAAAGAGAAAGGGAUGGUGAAGAAGAAGAAGAAGAACGCGCUCGAGUUAUGGAGUAUCUUCAAAGAGAGACUAAGUCCGGCGGAUCUGAAGACGCUCACCUCCUUGUUGAUAGAUUCUCAUCGCAGAAGAAUCGACAAGACCCAACUCAUUGCAUCUGCUCUGGUUUUGUUCAAGAACGACGAGUUUCUUCAUCGAUGCUUCACAGAUUUUCUCAAGAAGCCUCAAGAAGAAGAAGAUGAAGAGGAUGAAGGUAAAGCACUGAGUGAGGUUGAGGCUGAGUCGCUCAAGAACUUCUGUAAGAUGGUCAGUAAGGGACUGGGUCCUUCCGAGUUGCUAGAGUUAGUCUCCUCCGUUAAAGACCUUGGUAAGAAAAAAAUCAAACUCAGCCAGUUUCGUAAGUCUCUUUCACUUUUGUUCAAGAACAAUGGUCAAGAAGAUGAACGUGGAAAGACCCAACGAAACGUUCAAGAUACGGGUCUCGAACUUGAAGAAGGUGAAAUACGAGAAGAUGGUCUUGGGGUUAGGGCUAAAGUAGGUAAGAAGUCGAAAGAAGAUCCAAAGAUUGGAGCCGAUGCUGAGAUUAGGGUUUCUGAGGAGCGAGAGUUGGUGAAAGACGUAACGCAUGGCUUAGACAAGAUGGAUUUGGAAGGAAAGAAGAGAAGACUAUUGCGACCGGAACCGAGUACUGAAAGGUCUCUGAAGAAAGCAAGAACGUCGUCAAGGCUGUUAGAAAGAGUGACACCGAGCUAUAAGCUUAUCCCUGAGGAAGAACAGUGUCCUGUCUCUAACAAGGUACUGAACAACAAGUACGCUGUGAUGGAAUUCAAAGGUGCUUCGAGACGUAAGAAACUGAGCAAGUACGAAGAAGCAGUGGCGAGAUGCGAAGAUGACAUGUUUGAGUCUGAUAUGUUGAUGGAAACUCUGAAAAGCGCAGUGGAGAGUGCGGAACAGGUUAUAAAGGAGGAGAUGAGCGUGGAAGAUCUUGGAGUGAUGUUCUACAGAUGCAUCGAAAAGCUAUACCGUGGCGAUAUGUUUGAAUUUGUAAGAGAAGACCACAAGAAGGCUUUGCCUGUGAUGUUAGUCAGGCUGAAGCAGAAGCUGGAUGCGGUCACAGUUGCUCGGGAAAUAUGGAUCCCUAUGUGGAAGCAAGUCUUUGAAGAUAACACUAUAAAGCAAAGAGAAUAUACUACAUCUAGACGGCGAUAAAUGUAACUAAGCAGGUUUACUUUUGGUUUGAUGUCCCACUUUAUGAAACUGUAUAUAUAUUUCAAGAGAAUUUUGUAAAUACAGGAAAGGCAGAUUUUUAACACAAGAAGAAUAAAGUCUUCAAGCAGAUCAACCCAAAUCUCUAUACUCAUAGUAAUGUUGAUUUGAUACAAGAGCCUGCAAUUUAUAUUUCUCAGGCAGCUAAUAUAUUAAUUAGUGCAUUGCGUGUAACUGCACUUUUUGUUAAAGGCCGGUCUAUAUUGGAAAAUUCCAACAAGAAGACGCUUUUGAAGUAGAAUUAACAUUUAACAGCAAAUCCAAGUAGAAAUUCCUGCAAUUCCAUAUCCAACUCUAUUAAGUUAGCUUAUCUUUGCUGGAAUUAAAGACAAUACUAUGAUCGAGUAUCAAAUUGUCAAAAAGAAAAUGGAUAUACAUGGUUCACCAAAACUCCAGUACUCCUUGAAAUUGCUUCACUGUUUUUCUUUU